AUGCAAUUUGCCAAGCACCUUCUAAUUUUUGCCAGCCUAUUGGCCAUGGGCCAUGGUUUGAGUCUUCCACAGCUACGUGAAUCCAUUACCGAAAUUGCCCAAAAUGUCUUGACCUUGUGCAAUGGCCGCCAUAAUGACACCCGUUUUGCCGACUACAAUGACUGCCACAAAUUCUAUGUGUGCAGCAAUGGCAUUGCCCACGAAUACAAUUGUGAUGAGGGUUAUCAUUUCGAUAAGUACACCCUCUCCUGCAUGGAUGGCAGCGAUUGCCAAAAUAAAGAAUUCCCCGAUGAAUGUGUCGAUGGCAGGGUGCGGGCCGUUGAAGGUGAUUGUUUCAUUUACCAGUCAUGUGUCAAUGGCCAAUAUCAAAAUAUUAAAUGUCGUACGGGUCAUUACUUCGAUGCCUCGAAGUUGUCAUGCCGACCCAUUACCUAUAAUGCCAAUUAUAAAUGUAAUUGUGUUGUGCCCGAUCAUACGGUUAUGUCAAAUUUCGAAAAUUGUGAAACCUAUUAUGUGUGUGAAGAUGGUGAAGCGGUGCUGAACAAAUGUCCCUUGGGUGAAUAUUAUAAUGCCACCUAUAAUACAUGUGUGGAGGAUUUGGAUGGUACAUGUCUGAUGGAGCCGACAAAAGCUCCUCUGCGCCAACAAAUGGAAAAAUUUGCCAAGACCGCCGUGGAGAAUUUGUGUCAAAAUGUAGCCGCAGAUGAGGUGGCAUUCUAUGGUUCCGACAGUGAUUGUAAUCAAUUUUUGGUUUGUUCCAUUGGCCAGCUAUUCGUAAAGAGGUGUCCUCAGAACUUCUAUUUUGAUGCCAAUUUGAAAUAUUGCAUAUUCGAUGGCGAGCAUAAAUGUCAGGAGAAUGGUCAGUUGGUGGCGGCCGCUAGCAAUGCUGAAGAGAGUCAAACGAUUCCCGUGCCAAAA